AUCGGAGUAAAGAAAUAUACCCUGAGAUACAAGUGUCGUAAACAGUGUUAUCGUGAGCAGUACGGGUCCGGCACCGGCCUUCACGUACUCAUAGUAAACGUGUCCCCCGAUAGAGCCCACCUCCCGGUUCUCCUCUUGAAUCUUGGGCUUAAGGGUGUAGUCCUCCUCAUCGCCCAUAAUGUCCGAGAGCUCGAUGUUCUCGGUCUGAACGACGGAUGUGCACCGGGAGUACCUCCGGGCCCUGUCGUUGAUCGACUCCGACAGGAGGGUCUCCGCCCUGAGACUGGAGCUCAUCGUAUGAGCCCAACCCCAGGCACCGGCCCUCUGGGCUUAAGACCAUCACUUAGACUGAGCCGGGCAUCCCUGGGCAAAGCGACGGUGGGCCACAUCGUGAACCUAAUGUCCAAUGAUGUCAGCAGAUUUGAUGCCUUUUCAAUGGACGCCUGCUAUUUACUCGUAGCCCCCAUACAGACGGCGAUUGCCAUAUAUAUCAUAUAUACAGAGAUCGGUUACUAUUGCUUCGUAGGUGUGGCCCUAUUGCUGCUGUUUAUGCUGUUUCAGGCAUUUAUGAGCAAACUCAUCUCGAAAGUUAGGCUAAUGACCGCACAGUUAACGGACAGUCGACUGCGGCUCAUGAAUGAGAUUAUAUCGGGGAUGCGAGUCAUCAAAAUGUAUGCCUGGGAGCAGUCAUUUGCCGAACUGGUGGCCACCUCUAGAAAGAACGAGGUGCAUCGAUUACAAAUGGCCUGUUUUCUUAAGGCUAUUAAUUUGUCCGUAUAUUUGGUGGCCUCCCGUAUAAUACUGUUCGCGUGUUUUAUAACAUACGUGUUAUCCGGAACCUAUUGA